AUGGCGGAUAACCAGCGCCGUGGAAUCAUCUCACUAGGGAGUGAAGAAACAGGAGCUUGGCUUUGGGCGGACGAUGCGUAUAAACUCUGGAGCAAGGAGACAACGUCAGCAUUGCUCUGGAUACAAGGCAGACCUGGCAGUGGAAAAUCGACUCUGUGUAAAAAGAUUCUCAAACAUUUACAGAAUCAAUACGACCUUUCAGACGCUUACGCUACACCUGACAAAGCUGCCUUUCACGACAUUGCUCCACAGCCGAGGAACCGCUCUGCCCUCCUCGCCAGCUUCUUCUACAGUCUCAGAGGCGCCAAAUCUGAGAUUAGCAAUACUCAUAUGCUUCAAUCGCUUCUGUACCAGCUUUUGAGCCAGGAGCAAAGAUUUUACCCGGCCUUUAGAGAAAAAUAUCGAAGCCUGCUAGAUCGUUCUCGGGGUUCAAUCUCUUGGACUUUCAAAGAUCUCCACAAUGUCUUCACCUCACUGGGUGAAUUUAACGAUUUUCCUCUGACAAUCUACCUCGUUAUCGACGCAAUGGACGAGUCAGAGCAGUCAGAAAGAUCCGAUAUCUUGUUAUUACUGCAGCACUUCUGCCAGAAUGAAUCAGCUUGUGUUAUCAAAUGUGUUCUUGCAAGUCGACCUGAAGAGGACAUUAAGGACAAUUUUUUUUAUAUACGGAAAUCUCACAACUUUUUCCACGUGGUGCUCGAGAAAAAGAACGAAGGGGACAUCAAAAAGUUUAUCAAAAUAGCAAUGUGCAAAGUGCAAGACGCGUACCUGGCUCAGCGGCCCGCACUCACGGCUGAGUUUGAAGAUAUGGCCGCAUAUGCAACUGCCAACCUCGUGAGCAAGGCGAGAGGAGUUUUUAUGUGGGUAGAGAUUGUAACGAGAGAAUUAAAGCGGGAAGUACGUCGCGGUGUUUCCGCAAGAGAAUUCAAGAAAACAGUGGACGCACUCCCCAACGAUCUGAAGCCAUUAUAUGAGCGCAUUGUCAAAGACUUGUUAGCCAGAUUCAAUAACGAAGGGCAAGAAAAGGCUGAUUCACGAGUUCGAGAAGCGCAACGGAUGCUGACGUGGGUGACAUUUGCUGAGCGGGCGCUAAGCGUCAACGAGUUUCGCGACGUAGUUGCGAUACCAGACACUGUGGAAGAGAAUUCAAGGAUCAACUUACAGGAUUAUCGCCUUCUCGAUGAUACCGCUGUGCAACAAAGAAUGAGUGACAUUUGUGGAGAUCUCUUGGAGAUUGGAUCAUCACAGGAUUCCGCCGAUUUCUUUCUGCGCGAUACGAACGAUAUCGUCCAGCUUCUACAUCUAACCGUCCGAGAAUUCUUGACCAGCGACGUCGAAGCAGGGGAGUUCCUCAUGAAGAAACAUCUAGGAGAAUAUGAGAUUUUCCUCAACUGCAUCUCGUAUCUUCGUCUAUUUGCAGAAAACUGCCCUGCAAUGAAUGGAGACAAACCGGAUUAUAAACACAUUAUUCGCCACCUUGCAAAUUGGCCUCUGCUUUCCUACAUCCUACAGUUUCUCCCCCAACACAUGCAAAAUUCGGACAAGGGUAGCCAGGCUCUUGAUAUCGGAGUCAAAUUCGCGAACUCCAUCAUGCGCCAAGAGGGCAGCUCUGCCUUUUUCAUUCUGGAGUCCUGGUUCGAUAAAGCCGGGCUAUGUAUGCAUUCCCACUCCUUGUUAGAACGAGCGACGAGUUUUAGAUUCGACUGCAUGGACAUUGCGGCAGCCGAAGGCUAUCUAGAUGUUGUGGCCACACUGCUCGAAGCGGAGACAAUAGCCACAACUGACAUCAGAUACGGCCAUCUGCUGUACAAUCUUUCUCGCAGGCACUGGUAUUACUAG